AUGGCUUCAGGCUACAAUAAAAACGAACGACAGCAGAAGGCUGACACCAUCAAUCCUAUACCCAUUUCACUUGGAAUCAGCACGCUCAAGCCGAAGUUUCAGCAGUAUGCUCUCCCAUCCAAAAGAUAUGAGUCGUUUACGGAGUCGUCUGUUCCGUGGCCUUUAACGUCGCCCGUCAAAGUUGAGGACUUGGUGGCCGCCGAACUCGUAUAUACAGAUGUAGGCGACAGUGUCCGUUGCUACCACUGCGGCGGUGGUCUCCGGAACUGGGAGACAGGGGACGACCCGAUGGAACAGCACGCCAAGUGGUACCCGACCUGCCAACACGUUAAACAAACACCAGCGGAAGAUUCUGCAUCUCUAAAACAAGCUGCCGCCGAGUUCGGCUAUUCCAAGGAUAACAUUAACAUUGCGGCCUGUAUAUUUCGAAAACGACAUGGAGCCUACUCCCAGUUUAAAGGAGUUGAUUUGGUGACCAUCUUGAUGGAGAUGGAAGAUGACCCUGACCUUGCUUUUAAUGCCGAUGUGUCUGAUUCAUCUUCUUCAAAUCCAGUUGAUAAAUGUUUCGAAUAUAAAGAUGACAACAACCUUCAAAGUCUAAUAGAAGAAAAUCAAAGACUCAAAGACUCCCGGAACUGUAAAAUCUGUCUGGACAAUCGCGCGGACGUCAUCUUCCUCCCCUGUGGUCACAUUGUCAGCUGUCCCCAGUGUUCCCCCGCCCUCUACCUGAGUCUACUGAUGAGUCAGCAGAUGAUAGAAUUAGUAAUGUCGCUAAGGAAGUAG